AUGGCAAAGAAGGUGGCAGUGAUCGGAGCCGGGGUCAGUGGCCUGGUCUCACUGAAGUGCUGUGUGGACGAGGGGCUGGAGCCCACUUGCUUUGAGAGGACAGAAGACAUCGGAGGGCUGUGGAGGUUCAAGGUAUUUAUCAGCACCAGAAAAGGCUCCUGGGUCUUGAGCCGGAUCUCUGAAGAUGGUUAUCCUUGGGACUCUGUGUUCCACACUAGAUUCAGCUCCAUGCUCCGGAACAUUCUGCCACGGGCCAUUGUCAAAUGGAUGUUGGAGCAACAGAUGAAUCGGUGGUUCAAUCACGAAAAUUAUGGUCUUCAGCCUGAAAACAAGUACCUCCUGAAGGAACCCAUCCUCAAUGAUGACCUCCCGAGCCGCAUACUCUACGGAGCUGUCAAGGUGAAACCCAGGGUGACGGGGCUCACCGAGACCGCUGCCAUUUUUGAGGAUGAGACGGUAGAAGAGGACAUCGAUGUCAUUGUCUUCGCCACAGGAUACACCUUCGCUUUCCCCUUCCUGGAAGAGUCCCUGGUCAAGGUGGAGGACGGCAGGGUCUCGCUGUAUAAACACAUGUUCCCCCCGCAGCUGGAGAAGGCCACCCUCGCGUGCAUGGGUCUCAUCCAGCCCCUGGGGUCCAUCUUCCCGACCGUUGAGCUGCAGGCACGCUGGGCGACACGCGUUUUCAAAGGUGAGUGGGCAGCUUGCCCUCCUACAGCCCUGCAGAGGUGCCCACUAAAGGCUUCUCCCGGGCACGGGGGCAGCUCUCACCCUCCUGGGCAGGUGAUUCCCCCCGCCUCUGGGGUUCAACUCUGCAACAUUUCUGUUGACCGAGUCCAGGUCACUGGACACCUGUGCUGGGACCUGGGGGCACAGAGAGAAACCUAAACAAAUCCUUUUAACACUGCACAGCAAAUGCCUCGGUAUAGGAACACACAAGAGCUAUGGCGUGGGACAAGGGAGGGCAUCUGGCCGAGGACAACUUCCUGGGUGGCUGCUGUUCUAGGGCAGAAAAGGAACCCCCUGAGAACGCACAAAGGUCCAUGCACCUGGCGAGCUGCCAGCUCCUCGGCAUUCCCAGAGCGCGGGGGUGAGGGGGAGAGGCAUGGGAGCAACCUUGGGGAAGGUGACGGGACAGGAAGCAAAACUGCACCAUGCGGAGGGUCUUGGAUUGCAACGUGUAAAUUGGUUCUUCCCAAAUCUGGCUGCACCUAAAAUUGUCUGGUGUACACUUCUGGACCCUUACUGAUUAAGUGUGGCCUGCGAUUAAGCCUUAGAAAGCUCUUCAGCCAGAGACAAGUGGAGAGGUAUAAGCAAGGAACAGGACAAUGCUGUAUUAUUAGUUACCUGUGUGUUCUAUAGCUGAUCUCCUGAGCUUUUUCAUCUUUCAUUUUGAAAGAGUCUGACCACUCUCCAUUCCCUCCCACUCUCAGCCCCUGCCAACUGCCCUUCUCUCUGCUUCUAUGAAUUCAACUAUGUUAGAUAGUUUAUGUGAGUAGAAUCAUGCUGUGUCUGUGUGCGACUAGCCGAUUUUGCAUAGUAUAAUCUUCUCCCAGCUCAUCCAUCUCCUACUUAAGGCAGAAUUUCCUUUUUUCAGGCUUAAUAAUGUUCUAUGGUGUGUAUAUUUCACAUUUUCUUUAACCAUUCAUCUGUUGAUGGGCAUUUGUUCACCAUAUUUAGCUAUUGUGAACAAUGCUACAAGGACGGGGAGAGUGGAGGUGUGAGACCCUGGUUUCAGUUUUCUUGCAUGUACACCCCAAAAUGAGAUUGGUGCAUCAUAUACCAUCAUACUUUUGAUUUUUUGAGGACUUUUCACACUGUUUUCCGUAAUAACACACCAUUUUGUAUUCCUACCAAGAGCAUGGCCAUCUUCUCGUCCUUCCUGGUGUGCAUAGCUUUGUUUAUGAUAAUAGCUAUCCUGUCAGGUGUGGGGUGAUAAAUCCUUGUGGUUUUAAUUGCAUUACCUAACAAUUAGUGGUGUUGAACACCUUUACCUCUUGGUCAUUUGUGUGUUUUAU